AUGGUUUUCAAGAGAAAUAAUAAAAUAUCAAGCAUAAAUCAACGUAAAAGUACUAAUCGAUCUGUUCCUGGGAGCUUCGGCCGUCUUCAGUACCUACAGAAUUUAGUUAGCGAAUAUCAGCAAACUGAAAUAACGGAACACAAGGAACAGAUUUUAGCCAAUCUUGCUAAUUUCUGCUACGACUCUCGGAACGGCCCACAACUUCGUCAAUUGCGCGUCAUUGAUCUCUUUUUCGACUGUAUCUUAGAACCAUCAAGUGCGUGGUUCAAAGCUGCCUUCCAAUCCGGAUCAAAUUUGAAAGUUGAUGAAGGCGAAGCUCGUCUAGUUGAAUUUGCUCUUGGAGGUUUAUCUAAUCUUUCGGCUUCAUCACCUUUAAAUCGUCAAGAAAUUCUCAGUCACAUACAUUUACCGUGUAUUGUAGCUUGUGCUACAUCUCCAGACUCCACAGUUGUUGUACAUUCGCUGACUAUUAUCAUACAUUUGUUUACUCGUUGUCCGAAUUCAGAAGAUUUUAUUUCUUUGAGUACUAAGUUUCCUGCUAUCAUCCAAAUAGCUCGUCAGUACUGUGAGUCACGUAAUCGGCAGACGGACAUUGAUCCUCGAAUUCCAAUUUUAUCACAAAUACUACUGGAAGACUGUUGUAAUUGCAGUUCUUCUCAUUAA